CUCGAAUCUUUCUACAAUUAUCGCUCGGACAACAGACUUGUACGGAUGGAACCUGGAAACAUUGAUACGGUCACAUACGGCUUGUGCUGCAGAACCUAAUGGGCGGCAGUAGCUGUCAGAUACAAUCAAUAUUGAACACAACAGCUCACGUAGCACAAUUUCCGCCUCAGAGAUUGACAGUGCAAGACUGCCUGUUGAUUAAUUUCCAUUUUGGUGGUGAAUAGUGACCGGCAAAGUACAUAUGCAUGUAUCUAAAAAUCAUCACGAAGUAGGAAGACAGGUGAGUAGACACAAAAUACAUGGAAAUACAUAAGAAGUAGGCAAGUAGAUAGUUACUUGAGUACUUACUUGGUACAUGUAUGCGGGCCGGGGUGCACGGUCCCGCUUCAAAUCGACCAGACGCUUAGUCGCAAAUUUCCUCUUCGUUGCUCCUCACGCACAACAAUCAUCGUCCUCACCCGCCACCUUUGGUCAUCGAUCUCCAUCCUCACAUCUAUCAUUCUCCUCAUAUCUACACGACCUUUCCCCAUUUAAAUCCAACUAAUUAGCAUCAGACAGCCUACGUCACACUCACUUGGCUAUCGGCUCUCUCACCACUCCUCCCUCCAGACCACAGCUAAGUCCGUAGUCUCUCGUGACAGCAGCGCUGUGCUCUCUCUGCUUGCCUCGCUGACUGCUCUCAUAGAUCCUCUGUGGUUUUCUGAUACAGCCUAAAACCUAUCUCUAUACCUAUACGCUGGGAGCACUCGCGAUCUCGAUCCCACAGAUACCCUCAGCAAUAUCCUGUCGAGAUGGCUAGCACCGACUCCAUUCCCGUCAAUGGCAACUAUGCGCCUCAGGGAUACGACGCUGUGGCGAACAAUGCUGCCAGCUACUCUGCUCAGCCCGCCGCCGCCAGCCAGCCAGCAAACAACGCGCCCGCUGACCAGAUCCCCAAGGACGAGGUUGGCUGGUACUUCGUGGAGCAGUACUACACCACUUUGAGCAAGACGCCUGAUAAGCUAUACCUCUUCUACAACAAGCGAUCGCAAUUCGUCUCUGGUACCGAGGAGGACAAGGUCAACGUAUGCGUUGGUCAGAAGGCUAUCAACGAUCGUAUCAAGGAACUCGAUUUCCAUGACACCAAGGUCCGCGUCACCAACGUCGACUCCCAAGGCUCCGACGCAAACAUUGUCAUUCAAGUUAUCGGCGAGAUCUCCAACAGGGGCCAACCGCACAAGCGAUUUGUCCAGACUUUCAUAUUGGCAGAGCAGACCAAUGGCUACUUCGUUCUCAACGACAUCUUCCGGUAUCUCGCUGAGGACUUGGAAGAGGAGGAGGAACUUCAACAAGAACCUUCGACCUCGGUCGCUGGUGCGCAAGAGUCGGCUCCUGCUGAUGUCGCCCCCGAGGAGGUUUCUAGUGCCCAGAUUACCUCCAACGAAGAGAACCUAGCCAAGGUUGACGAUAAGCUCGAUGAAGCGGUGAAAGAGGAGCCUGUCAGCGAGGAAGCGGCACCUGCUACCAACGGUACCCCCGCCACAGAGGCCACUGAAGCGGCGCAAUCUGAAGAGACUCCGGCCGCUACCGAGGAACCAAUUGUAGAGCCCGAGGUGCCCGCCAAAGAGGAGGUCGCAGAGCCCGAAAAGCCCAAGGAGCCAGCACCUACACCCGCUGCCGCACCCAAGGCUGCCCCUGUUGCUACGCCGUCCGCUCCUCCCAAGCCUGCUGCCCCACGUACUUGGGCAAGCCUUGCUGCUUCAGCACACAAGGUUGCCAUGCCUGCUGUUCCUUCUAGCAGCCAGCAGGCCCCAUCGCAGGCCAAGGCUGCUGCCACACCCGCACCCAGCCAGCCGUCGGCUGUGCCCGCCCAAGUCUCUGCGCCCGCCCGCGAAGCUUCGCCCGCUAACAGCCAGGGUGAAGCUGCCGGGUGGCAGAGUGUCGGUCACAAAAAGGAACAGUCGCGUGUUCAGAACCAAGUCGCUUCCGAUGCUGACCAAAAGCGCGCCUACAUCAAGAACGUGUAUAGCCAAGUCGAAGAAGGUGCUUUGAAGAGUGCUAUGUCUAAAUUCGGCGAGGUCGAGUAUUUGGACAUCAGCCGUGGCAAGAACUGUGCUUUCGUUGACUUCAAGACACCCGCCGGAUUCCAAGCUGCCGUCAAUGCCAAUCCCCACACCGUGAACGGCAUUGAGAUCAAGGUUGAAGAGCGCCGCACGCGUCCUCCUCAGCCAUUCUUCCCUCGUGGCGGCGCUCCCCGCGGCCGUGGCAGCAUGGGUGGUUCUCAGCGUGGUAACAACUUCCAGCGCGGCGGCGGCCGUGGCGGCUCUGUUCGCGGCCGUGGCGCUGCCCCCGAGGCUUGAACGCCUAACAGCAUUCACGCUCCUUCGUUCUUAUUCCCUUCGGUGUCGUCAUUGCUGUCAUGACUCUAGGCAUCAGCAUGAUGAUUGACGAUUUGUUUUACGUGUACUGUAUCCGUCCGCCCUUCAGCGAUUGUCCGACCCAAAAACCACAAUUCCCUUUCGACAAAAGUUGGGCGCCUACUCUUUCAUGCUAUGGCACCCGAGCACCUUUGCAUAGCGACUCCCUUUUCUGGCAUUUUCCUGUAUCGUAUGUACCCGUUCGACCGUGUGUUUUUCCAUCAACUUAUUAGUCUUUCUUUUCCCGUGUUCAUGUUUUGAUAUCCUCUUUUCUCAACGGCAUAUAUGGGGUCGGCUGGCCUGGAUAGGAGGAGCGUCACGGCAGGUUCAAACGGUCUAGGGGGUGUUGCAAGUGUUUAUACGGCAAUGUUUCCCAGAACGCAGGGCGGGCGUCGCGGGCGGGUGAACGAAUCUACGGGGCAAUACAAGUGGAAAAAAAAAAGGUGUCACUGUAUA